CGUUCGCCAUUUGGUAGAGUCGCAUUACAGUAGUAAACGUUAUAACAGUAUUCCGUCGCGCCAAUGACCGAACGCCUGCGGAGGGCGACGCGAAGCGUCGGUAGAACGCACAUUUAGUCACGAACGGACACACAGUUCGCGUUCAGCCACCGUAACGCGACGUAACGUUGAUGGUAAGGUGAUACUCUUUCGUAGCUCUCAAUAAAAGAGAAACGAAAGAGAAUUAAAUAAUAAACUUGUUGAGAAAAACAAAAUAUUCUUUGAAGAGAGUUCGUUUGAAACAGUUUCAAAUCGAUCGUAUUUCAUUUGAUCCGGUGAAUUUAAUCUUGAAGAGAAAAAAAAGUUGACCGAAAAGAUUUAGCGAAUAAAUAAAAACGGAAAUAGAAAGAGUAAAGAAAAAAAGGAAAAGAAAAAAAAAACGAAAAAAGAGAAAGACAAACGUGUUUACGGUGAAAAGACAUUUAUCUCUGUCUAUUUCUCUUUUCUCUCUCUCUCUCUCUCUCUUUCUCUCUCUCUCUCUUACUCUCUCGCGUUACUAGUGUAAAUGUAUUCGUGAUAAAGAUGUCCCGACAAUCGCGAGAUUUCUUAACUGCCUUCGUCUUCAUCGUGUUAGCCGUUUUCACAAUCACGAGUGAUGCCAGGUCAUGGGAUAUCGCCGUUGUGAUCGGCGACAAGAUAGAAUUUUUCACACAAAAUCAAACUCUUACGGUAACAGUCGAUGGGGCCGUUUCAUUAACUGGAAUAGCUUACGAUGAUCAAACAAGAAAAUUGUAUCUUAGUGACUCUCAUAGCAACAUAUCGAUUUUUAGUAACGACUUAGCGGAAAAGAAUUUCAGUUCGAAACCACUGUUAAAGGCAAAGCAAGAUGAGACGAACAUCGUGGCGACAGCUUUUGAUACAAACUCUCGUACGCUCUUCUGGAUCGACGCCUUGAAGAGAAUGAUCAUGAAGAUGCACAUACCGAUGGACGGUCCUCCGGAAGAACCCGUUAUUCUGCAUAAUCUCACAGAAAUACCACGUGGUAUCGUCCUAGACACGUGUAACAGUCAUAUCUACUGGAGCAACAGCAACCGCAAGAAUUCCACCAUCGAAAGAUCCAACAUGGAUGGUACCAAUCGAACGAUCAUAAUCAGGGGAGAUCUUUACGUACCAACAGGUCUAGCAAUCGAUUAUGAAGAAGGUAAACUCUAUUGGACUGACGAUGAAGAAGGUAUACAUGUAAAGAUCGAACGUAGCAAUCUCGAUGGUACUGAACGUGAAAAGAUCUUGAAGAAUAGAAAUCAACAACCUGUUUAUAUCGCCGUCGAUAAGGAUUUUAUCUACUGGUCAGAUUGGGUACAUAAAGCUAUUUGGAUGAUGGCUAAAAAUUCCACCGAUCACGAAUCACCGGUCAAAUUUAAAUCCUAUCGCAAAUUGAACAAAGAUUCUGAUCCUAACGCCAUUAUUACACGAGACAACGUUGGUACCAUCGAUUGUUUUGCUAUAUCCAAAAGAAGAUUAGAAAAAGAGAAACUUGCUGAAAAGAAACAAAACAGUUCUCUUCUCGAAUCUUACAAUAACUUAACGACUAAUACCAAAGAUGUUAAAACGGAAAACUCUCAAUUGUGUCUCAAUGGUGGUUCCUUCGAUCGUAUCGAAAGUUCUUGUCGUUGUAAAUUUGGAUAUACGGGUUCCAUGUGUGAAAUAUCCCUCUGCCAGAAUUAUUGUCUUCAGGGUGAUUGUAUCGUUAACAAUUUCGGUAAAGCAGAGUGUAAAUGUAUCGGCACGUUUACCGGUAAACGAUGUGAAAGAGACAUUUGCGAGGGUUAUUGUCUUCACGAUGGCGAAUGUUUGGUCCAAAACAACAUACCUGUCUGCGAAUGUAAAAAUUCGAAGGGCGAACGUUGCGAAAUUCUUCCUGACAUUCUUCCUGCGCUCAACGUUGACAAAUCUUCCUGCGGUUUAAUAUGUGCCGAAAACAACUAUACCUCUGAAAAGAUGCUAACCCUAAAUGAAAAUUGCGAAUCGAAGACAUUAUUAUUCGUACUUAUCGCUCUCAUCAUUGUACUUAUUAUACUGAUCCUCGUGAUGAGUUUCUACCUGCAUAAAUUACGUCGUCGACCACGAAUCAAGAAGAGAUUCGUAGUUAGUAAAGGUGGUAUUACGCCAUUAACAUCCAGACCACAGCUAACGGAUAAUCAAUGCGAAAUAACUAUAGAAAAUUGCUGCAACAUGAAUAUCUGCGAAACACCAUGUUUUGAACCAAAAUUACGAACUCCGGUGACAAAGAAUAAUAAAACGAAAAAGGACGAGAAGAAUUCUCUAUUGGAUAAUAUGGAGGGAAAUUCGUGCUAACGCAAACUAAAUUUCUCGUCGUAUAAAAUGGCGAAUACUCGACGGAUUCCACGUAAGCUCGUCACGAAAUUUUUGCUCGCGGUGAUAGAUGUCUGUAUAUUUUUCGAAAGACUCUAUCUAGUAUUGUUGUUAAGUUUGGUGAAUGCAUAUGUGCCUGCAUAGGGCAAGAUGAAAGGAUAAAUUAACUGAACGAAAAAAAGUAAAACGAAAAAAAAUAUAUAAAUCAAGUAAAAAAGAAAGAUACAAAAGGACGAAAGCCAAAGGUCUUUAAAAGAGUCCUAUUCCUUAUUGGGUCGUAUAUGUAGGGCUGUGCUUUUACAAUGGUUAUUUCGUUCGAUUAAUGAAAUCAUAGCGUGAUUUACUUAAUUUUUUUUUUUCCUUGUAAUUCAAUAAGUUAC